AUGAGACCUUUGAAAUCUCUCGAAAAAGCCUACCUCGGCCUUGCGCAGCUUGACCCUCUUGAAGAAGACGCAGGCCAAAAUGAGAUAGAGCAAUUACAGUACCUUUACCGCAUCGCAGGCCUUGUUCAUUUACAAACAAGUGGCCUCUUGGCGGCGUCGGGUAUAGAACCCGAUGACGAUGAAUGGGCCGCACUCGAGUUUCCUGAUCAAAACGUUCCUCCGACGCCGCAAGAACGGUUGACAGAGAUUAUUCAACACAAUUUCUUUGAUUCUCCCAAUGAUGCCGAAUACUGGAUCCCCAGGAUUGUUCAGUCACCUGUCAAGGCCAGCAUGCUCCAGCAAGAGCAGGUGGCCUUUCUUCAUCUUUUCCAGGGAUACAACAAGGCAAACAGUAUUAAUGAUUUGAUCGAGCUUCUUGGCAGCGACGAUUAUACCGGCACCUUUGAUGCCUUGUUCCAACGCAUUGUAAACAUUGAAAAUAAUGCCCACAAUCCCAGGCGACUCCUGGCCCGUUUCCACAUUUCUAGUGAUUUAGAAGCGGACUCGAGGGUCCACAAAUUCCUCCAUGCCAUGCUCGGUACCAUCCAGGCCAUCAAAUUCGCUGAAGAAUGGGAUCAAAUGGACAAUAGGGGCAAACAGCAAUACCGAGAGGAAAUGUUUAACGUAAUCUAUCCCUUCCACAAUGAAGUGGAUACCGCAAUUCAGAAAAGGCACAAGGCCACUUUUGCAAGCCGGCACAACAAGGUUGUCAAGAGUCGUCAGGACACCAAAAAAUUGUUUCAAAAACUGUCCUCAUGGAUCCCUUCUGGAACCCAACAGCAUCCUACUUGA